AUGUAUGAACAUCAAGUUAGGCCAGAUUUUAGCCUAUUACAUGAGAUUCGUUAUACACAAGCAUUUUUGAAAACUGUUAAGCAAAAUUUAUCUCAUCAAGCCAAAUAUAAUCAAGGUUUUGGCUAUACAAAGAAAGCAAUUAGACUAGCUCUUAAAAUAGGUUGUGAAGACGAAUUAAAUAACAUGUGUAAAGGUGCUCUAAGAAAACGUAUAAAGAGUGUAUUAGAAGGAAAUCAAAAGCAAAAGUCAAGUAGAACUGCUAGUACUCAUCAAUCGCAUAGCACUAGCGGUAUCAAUAGUACUGAGGUUACUACUAUGGCUGAAUCUUCAUCAUCUAAUAUUGAAGAAUCUGACCUUAUUCCUGAAGAAGAAGGUGAUGAUAAAGAAUCUGUUGAUAAUAUUUCAGCUUUCUGGAAUAUUAUGAUAUGA